UGAUUGCUUUUGGAGGGGAGGAGGAGAGACCAAUAGAGAUGAGGCAGAAGUUUUAGGAUCACGAUAUUAAAACUUUUCUAAGCUUCAAAUGUAGAUUUGUUGUAUUAAUUACUCAUUCUGGUUGGAGCAAAGUUAGUUGCAAAGGUACAAAGAUCAUAUAUAUAUAUAUAUACAAGAAUUUGGAUUCAGGAUCUCUUGAUUGAAGUCUAUGCUCUCCGCAGAAAGAAUUAAGAUGUACAAUGAAAUAAUGAAGAAGAAGUGUGGAGCCAAAUUGAGAAAGUAUGUGAUAAAGACCAAUAGAUGGCAGGCACUAUCAUCCGCAGCCGAAAAGAGGAAGAAUGCGUUAGCGAAGACGGAACAGAGCAAUUUCUCCGAUAAUUGCGACAAUUUGAAUGAAAUGCCCAACAAGUAUAGUUGUCGGGAGCUUGGGAUUUUUCAGUUUCCAUGGCAGAGCGAACCCGGAGGUCUGGCGCCGGAAUUGGAGAGGUACAGCCUCAGAGACGUGUUCUUCUCUUCACUCAUCGAUGGCCGCACGGCCAAAAUUGGCUUCCCCGGCGACCGUCUCUCGCGGCCAAAUGCUUCACCGAUCAUCCUCCCGCCGGGGGUCAAUGAGUCCAUUCCGUCCGGUGUGGACGCCGAAGAGUUCGAUUAUAUUUGGAGGAGCAUCCUGCGGCAGCCGCUCUCGAUCUUUUGCUGUGCUGGAACCUCUGGCGUGCAAGCAAAAGCAUUUUCUUAGGGGUUUUUUUACUUUUUUUUUUCGGUGAUUUACAAGGGCACCACUCAAUUCUU